AUGAGAGCAGCCGUGUGCUUGGCCGUUAGCGGUGGCCUCGCAAUGUGGCCAGUAGUGGGAAUGGCCGUCUCUUUUGUAAAGAAGACUCCAGUUUUCUCAGUAAAUUCUCCUUGUCGUCCCACUAAUGAUCUGAUUCUGAGGUCUUCUUUAGAACACAUGCAGGGAUUCGGGGUAGACGGAGGCGGCUCUUCACAUGAGCUUGAACUGCGCCUCAACCAUUCUCGCCCUCUUCUUCUCUCCACCUUCGUCUUUCUUUUCUCCGCUUCUGUCUCCACCUCCGCCCUUGCCUCCAACUCCACCUCUACCUCCUUCUCAGCAUCCACAUUCACCUAA